GAUUAGGUUUUCCUUCUGCAAGUGUAGUGAAAGGGCGUCCCUGUUGUUGGAGUAAGAGUGCGGCUAGGGUUUUUGCUUGCGGAUUCUUCUGUCAGCGCACUCCUUCGUCGAGGCAUCCAUCUCCUGUUUUUGAUGGAGAUUGCAUCGCGGCGGCGGCUGUGCUAGUUAUAAGGAUCAACCUGGUGACGUUGAGGCCGGUGAUUUGAGGCUGUGGAGAUGGCGACCGAUAAUCCCUUCGAUCUACUGGGAGACAACGACCACGAUGAUCCCUCGCAGUUCAUCGUCGCUCAUCAGAAGGUGGCGGCGGCCAAAAAACCCGCUGCGGUAGCCGCCACUACUCCGGCAGUGGCGAAGCUACCAACGAAACCGCUUCCCCCUUCUCAAGCUGUGAGGGAAUCGAGGGAAGUCAGGAAUAAUGAUGCCCCGGUACGUGGUGGUGCUGGCCGUGGCGGGCUUGGACGCGGAAGAGGUGGACGAGGCCCAAAUCGUGAGUUUGGAAAUGAUUAUGCGAAUGGGUUUUCUAGGAACUACGGCGGUGUUGGAGGCGAAGAUGGUGAUACUGACAAACCCGAAAAGGAACGCCCAACACGUCAGCCAUUUGGCGGUGGUCGUCGUGGUGGAUAUGGGGGCCGUGGUGGUUAUGGUAAUGAUGAAUCUGGAGGUGAUUCUGAACGACCUCCACGCAGGUUGUAUGAGCGUCGCAGUGGUACUGGUCGUGGUUAUGAGGUGAAACGUCUAGGUGCAGGUCGUGGUAACUGGGGAACCGUAGCUGAUGAGUCACUGGAGCAGGAAAAGGAGGAUGUUCUCAAGUCUGAUGAGAAACCAACUGAGGGGCGUCAAGAACAGGAAAACACAUCAUUAACCGAGGAGAGCAAGGAUAAGGAGGGUGCUGCUAAUGAGGCUGAAGAAAAGGAAGAGGACAAGGAGAUGACUUUAGAAGAAUAUGAGAAAAUCAAAGAGGAGAAAAGAAAAGCCUUACUUGCAUUGAAAGCUGAGGAGAGGAAGGUUGAAAUCGACAAGGAGUUGCAAUCCAUGCAACUACUAACAACAAAGAAAGAAAUCGACCCUAUUUUUGUUAGAUUGGGUUCUGACAAGGAGGCAAGCAAAAAGAAAGAAAAUAAUGACAACGACGAACGGAGCAAAAAACCCCUGAACAUCAAUGAGUUCUUCAAGACCGGUGAAGGUAAACAAUACUACAGUGCUGCUAGCCGUGGACGUGGCCGAGGAAGAGGUGACCGUGCACCAUUCAGAAGUGGUUAUGGCGGCCGAGGUUCAAGCUUUGCAGCUGCUGCUCCAUCAAUUGAAGAUCCCGGCCAGUUUCCUACUCUUGGCGUGAAGUAGAGAGCAAAUUUUCAAAACAGUGCCAAUUUCUGAAAUUUUUAGUUGUUAAUUAGGACUCGUGUUGCAUCCCGAGGAAUACCAUUGGUUCGAAUUGUUCACCUCAUGUUUUAACUAUGUAUAUCGGAAUCUCUCUUGAACUAUGUUCCUAGAUACGUUUGCUACUUCCAUUUCAAUAGUAUCGUCGUUCGUUCAA